AUGGACCACCCCCUCGCCGUCGGGGCGGGUUACCCGGCCGUGCCAGCUCGGCACGUCGACGGCAGGGAGGCUCAGGGCAGCAUCGGGACUGUCGACCACAAUCUCGCCCACAGCGCCGCGCGGGACGAGAACCUGGUUCGUAUCGGGAUCGACCAGCCAGAUCCCGUCCAGCUCGGCACCGACGUCGACAGACCCGACAGCGUCCCGACCGAGCCGAUGCAGCUCGGACAGCGUCUCGGCAGUGGGCUCGACCGCCGUGACGGACUGCAAAACAUCACCGACCUUGACGGUCUCGUCGACCAGGCCCUCGCAGAGCAGGGCCGUGACGUCCCUGAGCAUCUGCAACACGCUCUCCAUCGUCGACACGUGCACCGUGUGCGAGUCGAAACUGGCCAUGACGUGGUAUCCGUCGGCAGCCAGGGCGCACACCAACAUGAGCGCGUACGUGUUGAACUUGAGCGCCUCCUUGGCCGCCUCGGCGUCGUUGGCCGGCACGAGCCUGCUGGCCGGAUACCUGGGGUCGAAGGCGUCCUCGGCGCCCGCGGGGUGCAGGACCAGGCCGGUGCGCAGCUCGCACGCCUCCAUGGCGUCGGGGCUGACGCGGCGAAUGUGCUGCAGGCCGGUGUGCUCAAAGGGGAUCUGGCUGACGGUCUGAUGUUGGAUGCGCGCCAGGAAGUCGGUGACGCGCGAUUGCUUGUCGACGGCGACCCGGAUCGGGACCGUGGUUAUCAUGGGGCCCUCGAUGAGGUCGGCAGCGGCGACGGGGGCGUUGCGGCCAGUCAGGGUCUCGCCAAAGACCAUGUCGUUGUGGCCGGCGGAGUCCGCCUGGGUGGUGUAACCCUCGUGCGGCAGCGCUGGGAACUGGACCGCCGUGGCUCCCUCCAGCUGCUGGCGCCAAUAAGCCUCGCAGGCACUCUGCUCGACCUCGGUGAGGAACCGGAUGAAGUGCUUAAACUCGGCAGGCCUCUCGGUGGAAAGGCCAUCGUAGGCCCUGUUGACCCGCUCAAUCACCAAAGGCAUCGCCCAGCCAUCAUACAGCGCAUGAUGCAUGGUCAAGACAAAGUCGACCUGGUCAGCGCUCUGAACCAGACCGUACCGCACAAGCGGCUUGCCCAAGUCCAUGGACUCUUGCCGGUCUGCCUCCAGAUACGCCUCGACCGUCGAGCCCGAUCGCCACUCGAUCGGCUCCCGGACGACCACCUGCUGAAGACCACGCCCGGGGACCUGGAUGAUACGGGUCCUGAGGAUGGCAGAGUCCCUGGCAGCCGUCUCGAAGGCAUCUUGCAGUCUUCGUGCUUCGGUCAUGUCUGCGAGCCGGAGCACACGUUGAGCAACAGGAGUGCAAGGGUAGACAUCCUCGACCUCGGACUCUUUGAUGCCGCAGUAUUUGCUUGCGGCUCGUCUCGCCUCUUCGGCGGUCCACGUCUUUUCGAUCAGCGAGAAAGGGGGGAUGUCGUGAGGCUCGGAGCUCACCAGGCUCCUCCCAUCGACGACCGCAACGGCAGCCAUGUCCAUAAGCGUAUGGUUGUUAAAGACUUGGGCCACAGUGAGGGCGAUGCCGUCGGCCCUCGCAGCCGAGACGAGCUUCAUCGCCCUCAACGAAUCUCCACCGAUCCCAAAGAAGCUGUCCUGCAGACCAAUCUCGACAUCCGUCUUGAGUAUCCUCGCCCAGAGCGACCCGAGGGUCCGCUCCAGGUCGUUCAGGGGCCGCGAGGGCUUGGGUGCCAGCAGUCUCAGCUUUGCAAUCUGCUCGCGCGUCAUGGAGCUGCCCAGCGCCUUGAGCUUUUUUCUGUCGAUCUUUGCCGAAGCAAGCACCGGCAUCUGCUGGAGCGGAAUGUACGCGGCGGGGACCAUGUAGCGUGGGAGUUCCUCGCCGAGCAGGUUGUCCAUGUUGGCCAUUAUGGCGGCGAGCUCGGGGCUGAACUUGACGACCUCGUCGAUGCCGACCUUGUCGUUCUUGAUCUUCUUCUUGGUCUUGGCCCCGUUGACGAUCGGCUGCUCGUCCACGAAGACGACCAGCGUCGGCUCCGCGCCGCUCGGACGGACGACUUCGGCUGCGAUCUUGACGCAGGGCGGGAGGUUCUUGCGGAGGUGGUACUCGAUCUCGGACAGCUCGAUCCGCUGCCCGCGCAGCUUGACCUGCUGGUCCUUCCUCCCGACGAACACAAUGUAGCCGUUGGCGUCGUACUUUACGAGGUCGCCGGUCUUGUACAGCAGACCCCGGCGACCUUUGGACCCGGCAUGUCCCUUGGGCAGCCAAACGGGGUCUCUGAUGAAGACCUCGGCCGUCUUUUCCGGCUGGCCGAGGUAGCCGAGGCCCACGACCGGGCCCUCGAUCAGCAGUUCGCCGACGGAGCCUACCGGCAUGAGCCGGUUGUGGUCGUCGGGGUGGACGAUCCAAGUGACGCCGCCCUUGCCCUUCCCGAUGGUCGUGUUCUCGGCAGAGACCUCGUGGUUGAUGGUGCAGCCUACCGUGCACUCGGACGGUCCGUACGCGAUGACGACCUUGGUCAGCCGACUCCAGGCCGCCGCAUCACCGGCGCUGACCGCCUCGCCCCCCAAGCCCAGGACGUCGAGCGAGCGCAUGACCCUCUCCGGAUCUUCCAGCACGCGGGCCACGCUGGGCGUCAUGUGAGCCAUGUUGGCGCCGCUUGCCAGGAUGGCCGCGCCGAGGUUGUCGACCCGGCCGGCCUCACUCGGCACGCAGACGGUGCCUCCCUGCAUCAGCGUGCACAGCAUGCAGUCGAUGCUGACGUCGAACGCGUAGCUGGCAAACUCAAAGACGCGGCUGCUCUCGCAGUAGCCCACCGCCUCCGCCCGCGGUAUGGCGCCAGACACAAAGUUGGCGUGGCUGCAAAUGACCCCCUUGGGCACUCCCGUGCUGCCCGAGGUGAAAAUGAUGUACAUGGGGCUGUCGGGCGGCACCACCGGGAGGAACCCCACCGAGGCCCCGACCCCCCAGCCGGCGUGUUCCAGCGUCGUGUCGUCCGACGCCACGAGAACCACGGCGGGCUUUUGUCGUCCGGACUUGUCCUCGGCGUUGGCAUCUUGGGCGAUGCGGGACGCCAGGUCGGCCUGCAGCUGGGAGCAGACGACCGCCUUGGCACGCGUUUGCGAUGCGAUGGUCCUGAGUCUCGCCUCUGGCUGUGCGGGGUCGGUCAAGACGAACGCGGCUCCGGACUUGAGAACUCCAAGCAGUGCCGGAGUGGUCCAGCGGGACUUUUCAAACACGAGCAUGACAACGUCUCCGACCCUCACGCCAGCCCGCGUGCGCAGCUGGCGGGCUAUCGUGUUACUCAGGCACUCGAGUUCGCGAUAUGUAAGCUCGCCAUCCCAUGCCUGUACUGCAACUUUAUCUGGAGUCAUGAUGCUUCGUUCCGAGACGAGGUCGUGUAUGCAUCGAUCAACCUUUGGUGGCAUGGACGCAUUCCAGAACCAGAUCUGGUUCAGGUCUUCGUUGGAGGGACCAAUGAGGUCCCAGACUAG